AUGGGCAAGCACAAGUCUUCUUUGAAGGCUUGGUGCUACAGUCUCAUGCCGCUCUUGCUCCUCACUCUUGCGGUCAAUAUCUGCCAGGCGCGUGGCAGAGACCACAAGAAGCGAGACGACCUCGCCGAAUCACUCGCCUCAGCCGCUUCCACCGACGGAACCAGCCUUUCCAUCUCCACGUCUGAACUCCAGGAAGGUCGCGUUGUCACUCGCAUCGUGACCACCUCUAUUCUCAUCACUCUUCCCUGUGGCACCUCGGAGGGUUCUUCUUCCUUCAGUUCCGACCAGAUCACCACCCCGUCCUCUUCCCACUACCCCAACACUACUACAGGUUCUGAGAGUAGCCUGAUUCAAUCCUUGAACGCUACAAUCGGCCGCUCUGCUUCCUCUUCCAGACUUACCGACUGGAACACAACUGCAGCCAAUCCUGGAUCCUCAUCGACUGCUCUGAACUGGAACUCUACGAUCGCCGGCCCAGUGGUGUCUUUGUCGUCCUCAGAUUCCUCUCUUCAGAGUCACCAGCCAACUGUCUCGGGAGCGACAUCAACUGAGACGGGAAAUCACAAUCUGCCUGCGUCCUCUACAAAACCAUCCUCCACCUUCCAGGAGAGCCAGCAUGGUAGCACAAGCGACAUUGUCCCCGCCUCUUCGCUGCAGACAUCUUUGACCGAAGGUGGUACAGCCGAGACCCCUGGUGACACCACAGGCCCUGAUCAUACCCUGGCGUCCACCAGCAGUCCCCAACCAUCUCAAUCGUCCAGCAGCAUCUCCAGCAUCUCUGUCUCUAUCGAGACUUCAAUCUCAGAUGUGACUACCGCUACAACUAUCAUCAAUGUGCCUCAGACAUCUCCCUCUGGCACUAAUCGCAAUGCCGAAACUUCAUCCAUGUCGGGAUCUGUUUCCAGUGGUGGAAGCGCUCAUGCAACGACCACUUCCGCAUCUACAACAGAGAAUGAUCAGCACUCUACCACAGUUCCCAUCGUCUCUACUGAGGAGAACCGGAAGUCAACCGAGAAGGGUGAUGGUGACGAUUCCAAGACAUCUACCAAGAAGGGCAACGAUAAUGAUCAUGACAAGAAGUCUACCAAAAAACAAGACGAUGACGACAAAUCCACCAAGGCAUCCCCGGGCAGCACCCGAGACAGCACCGUGUCCUCUACGCAACAUGUCUCUUCUACUCAGCACUCUGCUACUCCGAUCUCAACUGCUGUGCCCGGAAGCAGUGAAACAAAUGGUCCUAGUUCCACAAUCACAUCUUCUACCUCUUCGGAGACUGGAGAUCUCACAUCUUUUUACUUGACGGCCACGAUCAAGCCUCCCGAAGGUGUCGAAACUUGGACAUGGCUCACUUGGAAAUCUACCGAGGUCACCAAGACAACUACUCGUGAUGGUCAGGCGUGGCCAACAAUCUUCCCCGCGUGGUCUUGCAUCGGAGGACAGCUUCUCUGCCAUCCGAAGUGCCUCAUCCCUUUCCUCUUCUGCGAUCUCCCAGCCAUCAAUCUUCCGGGCCCGGUCGGCUUCCCUUGGGCCAAGCCGCCUCCCAAGAAGCCCAAGGGUAAGCCUCGCAAAGUCAGGAAGGACGACCCUACCGAUCCCGAGGAUCCCGAAGACGAAUCGGAGCCAUCUGAGACCCCUACUUCCUCGUCUGAAGCGUCUUGCACAGCAACCACCACCGUCUAUCCCGACUGCAACCAGGGAUGUACUGCCAGCCCUAUCAUCGAGAGCUACUGUGGCGGUGUUGACUCGAGCUGCCAAAGCUGCAAGGACAAGAGAGCAGGGCUCUCGAAACGUUCCCAAUUCGUCAAAUGGGAUCCUCAGCCAGACCCUGAGAUUCUCGGCGGACCUGAUGGACUCACAGAUUUUGCGACCUGGUCUGCGGGUAAACAAAACUGGUUUGACCGCGCUUGGAAGUACUUGGCUCACUACUGCGAUGGUCUGGAUCAUUGGAGACCUCUUGGCGAUUUUGUCGAUGGUGCAAAGAAGCUGGUUGGUUAUUCCACCAUGCAUGCCGACGUCUGGGGAGACCAGCCUAUGAUGGGAGGUACCGGACCACUCUGGGGUUGUAGCGGAAUCAUCAUCAUUACGAAGAGAGGCAUCUACACCAGUCACGUCUGGGAGGUUCCCAACUUCUGGAACCAAGGCUUCGGGGAGUACGACAUUGAUAAGGAGUUCCGAGAGGGCGUUCUCGAGUUCCUGGAGACCGGCUCAGGUGACCGACCUGGCGAUGGCGAAUUCAUUUUGCAACCGAACAGACCAAACAGACUGACGAAUCCUCCGCCGCCUAGACCUGGUAACCCGAUACCGGAUCCUGAAGACGGUACCAGAGGUCAGUUCCAGACACCCUAUCCUGGAAUUGAGCAACUCAAGGAAACGACCCCGAUCUUCGACAACAUCCCCGAGGACACUCUCCAAGUCAUUUUUAUCUACCCCCUCACUGGUGGUCAAUGGAGCAAUUCGGUACCCCCGAACUAUCCCGACUACUUGCCGCCUAGACAUCCCCAACGGCUUCAGGAAUGGAAAGACUGGGUCUCGAACCACCUUGGCUUUCCCGCGGACAAGUUCACUAAUGUGGGAUACCACAAAGGUCCUGGGUACUGGCCCAAUGCGGACGAGAAUCAUCCGAUGAACAACUAUGUCCCGCCCUAUGGCCUCAUCUGGUGGCAGUAUUAUCCAGCCCACGUCGUGGAAGUGCUCCUUGAUGGCACGAAGAUCUGCAAGCCUACCAUCAAGGUCUAUUGGGAGACCUGGCCGGUCUACGAGUUCUCCUGGUGUCCCCCGGGCACCGAGCUGAAGCGCGACGAGAAUGGGAGCGAGUCAUGCCCAAUGCCCGCCGCCCCUGCAAAGUCGUCUGCUGCGGCUUCCGGUGGCUCAGCUUCGGCUUCCGGUUCCGUUCCCGCUUCCGCGUCUGCCUCGGCCGGCUCCCCUGGUAGGCAGUCCUCCGGCCAAGCCUCGAUGUCCGGCUCCACUGGCGGUCAGUCCUCCAGUGGGGCCUCGACGUCUGGUUCUCCUGCCAGCAACUAUACUUCUCCCAAGAGCAAGGUUGUCGUCUGGGUCACCGCCACUGCCGAAGUCACCGUCACUAACGACAUCGAUGUCACCCUGACUGUCAUGCCCUCGGCCGCCGCCCCAACCUCCACGGCUGCGAUUUGGCGCAUCGUUCGCAUCACUCAGGACAUUAACUUGGGUGAUAGCAACUCGAAGCAUAUUGCCACAGUCAGUAUAGUCCAGAUUGAGGAAGGAAAGGAGGUCAACGUUGUCACGAACAGAGACAGUGAUGGCGGAGACCCUGUCAAGCUUCCUCAUGAGCUGGUCACCACUGACAACUCGGGCGGCAAGUUGACCAUCUCUUUCAAGGAUGGUGACCAGCCCUACGAGCUCAAGUCGGAGAUUGGUGGUCACACCCAAGAAUGGUUUAUGAAGCAAUGGGGCAACAAGAUCGCCAACGGUCCUUGGUGCAAGAUCAUCAAAAACACCACGGGCGAGGGCGUAGUCAAGCGGUCUGCGGAGUGUCACUACCGUGCUUUUGGCCAGUAG